GUUUUUCCUUUCUGUUGACCUUAUUUCAGGGGAAAGCAGAGGAAAGAACACAGGCACGGGUUAGCUAGAACAGCGACAGAAGAUGGACCUCAGACAUCGGUGCGUGAAACUAAAUGAUGGCCACCACAUUCCCAUCCUGGGGUUUGGCACGUAUGCACCAGCUGAGGUGCCCAAGAGUGAGGCUGAGAAGGCAACCAAGUUGGCUAUCGAUGCCGGGUUUCGUCAUAUUGAUUCAGCUCUACUGUACGAAAAUGAAGAGGAAGUCGGACGAGCCAUCCGAAGCAAGAUUGCUGAUGGCACUGUUAAGAGAGAAGACAUAUUCUACACUUCUAAGGUGUUCUGUGUGUCGUCGUGUGUAAGAAAAGACUGUCUCUGGAUUACUUUCCAUAGACCUGAGUUGGUUCGGACAGCCUUGGAAACGUCGCUGAAAAAACUCCAGCUAGACUAUGUUGAUCUCUACCUUAUUCAUUUCCCAGUGUCUCUGAAGCCCGGGGAGGAAAUGAUACCACAAGAUGAACAUGGAAAAGCAAUAUUUGACAUAGUGGAUAUCUGUGUCACAUGGGAGGCCCUGGAGAAGUGUAAGGAUGCAGGAUUGACCAAGUCCAUUGGAGUGUCCAACUUUAACCACAAGCAGUUAGAGAUGCUUCUGAACAAGCCAGGGCUCAAGUACAAGCCUGUCUGCAACCAGGUGGAAUGUCACCCUUAUCUGAAUCAAAGCAAGUUGCUGGCUUUCUGCAAGUCUAAGGAUAUUGUCAUGGUUGCCUACAGUGCUCUAGGAUCUCACCGAGACAAAACCUGGGUGGACCCGAACAGCCCUGUUCUCUUGGAUGAUCCGGUUCUUGGUGCCCUGGCAAAAAAACACAAGCGAAGCCCGGCCCUGAUUGCCAUUCGAUACCAGCUACAGCGUGGAGUUGUGGUUCUGGCCAAGAGUUACAAUGAGAAGAGGAUCAAAGAGAACAUGCAGGUGUUUGAAUUCCAGUUGACUUCAGAGGACAUGAAAGUCUUAGAUGGCCUAAACAAAAACUUUCGCUAUACUACCAUUUCAUUUGCUAUGGACCACCCAAAUUACCCAUUUUCUGAGGAGUAUUAAGAAGGAGGCCUCUGUGAUAACUUCUUCCACAAGUCCCUGCAUGUGGAUAGACUACGGAAAGUAUCUCAGAGGUUGGUGGUUAGAGACAACACCUCUGAUUUAAUCCACGUGGCUUGGCAACUCACACAUAACCACAUCAGUCCCCCUGGGAAGGCUCUAAUUUCUUAUCACUUGGGAAAAGAUAAUAAAGUUUUCCCCCCUAA